AGGAAAAUUGCCAAAAUUAUAUUCGAAUUAUGGCAAAAACAGCAGCGGGCCGUUUGUUACUUUGCGGUACGAACGCUUUCAAGCCAAUAUGCAGAGAAUAUAAUGUGCUGGCAAGAAACUAUACCAUUGAAAAGGAGAAACCAGGACAGGCUGUGUGUCCGUACGAUCCUCACCACAACUCCACGGCCAUCUAUGUUGACGGCGACUUGUACACGGGCACUGUGGCAGAUUUCAGCGGAAUGGAUCCCAUUAUCUACAGGGAGCCGCUUCAGACCGAACAAUACGACUCGAUGAGCCUUAACGCUCCGGAUUUCGUCAGCUCCCUGACCCAAGGCGACUUCGUUUAUUUCUUCUUUCGAGAAACGGCAGUCGAAUACAUCAAUUGCGGAAAGACUGUAUAUUCGAGAGUGGCGAGAGUAUGUAAAAACGACAGAGGUGGACCUCACAGAUUUAGAAACAGAUGGACUUCAUUUUUGAAAGCAAGACUGAAUUGUUCCGUAACUGGGGACUUCCCAUUCUAUUUUAAUGAAAUACAAUCAUCAACUGACUUGAUCGACGGGCAAUAUGGCGGAGUUGGAGCCCAACUUAUCUAUGGAACAUUCACAACGCCACCUAACAGCAUAUCCGGAAGCGCAGUAUGUGCUUUCAGCCUUCAGGAUAUCACAGAUGCCUUCGAAGGCAACUUUAAAGAGCAAACGGCCAUCAACUCUAACUGGCUGCCAGUACUUAGUAACAAAGUUCCUGAUCCAAGACCAGGACAGUGUCAUAAUGACAGCAGAACAUUGCCAGAUCUAACGUUGAACUUUAUUAAAACGCAUUCACUGAUGGAUGCUAGCGUGCCCAACUUUUUUGGGCAGCCCAUUGUUGUUAGAACAAGUUUUCAUUACAGAUUCACGCAAAUAGCAGUAGAUCCCCAAGUCAAAGUUCCUGGUGGAAAAACUUAUGAUAUACUAUUUAUAGGAACAGACAACGGUAAAAUAAUAAAAGCCGUAAAUGGGUUAUCAGCGGAAACUAGACAAGGUGUAAGACCAGUCGUGGUGGAGGAAAUACAAGUUUUUCCUGUACACGUAGCCGUAAGAGGGAUUAAAAUAAUGAAGGGAGGCAAAAAGAACGAUGAAGGGCGUUUAGUCGUCAUAUCAGAUGCAGAAGUUCAAUCCUUAAGACUGCAUAGAUGUGAUAGUAACAAAAUCUCCAGUUGUAGUGAGUGUGUGGCACUACAAGAUCCUUAUUGCGCCUGGGACAAAGUCCAAGGAAAAUGUAGAUCCAGGGGGCAGGGCAGAUGGGGUGAAGAAUCGUACUUCUUCCAAAGUGUAGCAACAGGAGAACAUACAGCUUGUCCCCCUCCGAAAAUGGGAAAGGAAAGCUCCGUCGGAGGACUUAGCUCCACAUUGCCCAAGUUUGGCGACCACCUGCCAAAUAAAGACCAACCUGAUGGUCAAGUUAUAAAUAUCAUGCAGGAAAAAACGUAUGAAAAUAACGGACCUGCAGUAACAGCCGCAGACGCUUUACCCACACAAUAUUCAGUGGAAACUUUAAUAAUGGCAGUUGUUGCUGGGUCUGUGACAGCUCUUGUAGUUGGUUUUAUUGCUGGUUACUUAUGUGGGAGAAAAUGCCAUAAAGAUGAAGACGAUAACCUUCCAUAUCCAGACACCGAGUAUGAAUACUUUGAACAAAGGCAAAAUAUGAACAGUUUUUGUAGUCGGAUUGCCGCAGAACCUAAACUGCUUCCACAAGAGGAGGUAACCUAUGCAGAACCAGUUUUGGUUCCCCAACCACCGCCCAAAUUGCACUCCCCAAAAAAUACCUUAAGAAAGGGACCCCAUCAAAACAAUGCUGAAACUCUCUUCCAAUUCCAAACUGAUGGUGGUUACAAUGGUAGAGACCAAUACAGGGGAAGGGAUAAUUUCGGAACAUUAAGAUCGCACCAGUUGUUACAGGGCGACCAGUACCGCCGCGGCGAUGGUUUCGCGACAACGCGCAGCGUUAAGAAAGUGUACUUGUGA